CUCCAUGAACCCAUUAUCAUGUUUUAUCUUUGUUAGUUUGCAUGAAGAAGUUUACUGAUACGCCUUUGAUAGCGUGCAGGUCAGUUUUAGUAGGACGUUUAAUAUACUAAAAAGAUGGACAACUUAGAAGGGGCUCCGCUUGUCUUUUUUGUCAAUGGAAAAAAGGUGUCCAUUGAAAACCCGGACCCAAGAGAUACACUUAUUAAGUAUUUACGGCGAAACUUGUAUCUGACAGGAACCAAGGAGGCGUGCAGUCAGGGAGCAUGUGGCGCCUGUACGGUAAUGAUAUCAUACUACAACCACCACCAGAAGAAAAUCGUCCACUAUUCCUGCAAUGCCUGUAUGACCAUCCUGUGUACGUUACACGGUACUGCUGUCACCACAGUAGAGGGUGUUGGAAGUUCUAGGAAUGGUCUUCAUACAGUCCAGAGUAAUCUGAUGAAGUACCAUGGACUGCAGUGUGGGUUCUGCACCCCCGGAAUGGUGAUGACCAUGUACACACUCUUCAGAAACAACCCCAGUCCAACCCCUGACGACCUUGAAAGAGCUUUAGAAGGAAAUCUGUGCCGAUGCACCGGUUACCGACCGAUAUUGGAAGCAUUUAAAAAGAGUUGCCCUUGUGGAGAAUCAAAGUGUAUGUCCAAAGAUGGCGGCGCUGAAGAAGUUAAAGCAGACAAAAGCAAUGACCUUAAGCCAUCAAAGGAUGAGAGUCAAGAGGUGAUAUUUCCGAAUGAACUACAGACGGAUUCCAGCUAUCGCCAAAAGUCGGUGAAGUUUAUCGGCGGGGGAUACACAUGGUAUAGACCGACUUCUCUCAAAGAUCUCUUCCAAAUCAGAGCCAACUAUUCAGAUGCAGUAAUAGUCAUGGGCGCUCAAACUGUUUUGGGUGCCAACAUCCGGAACAGAAGGACAACCCCCGUCCUCGUGAGCUGUACAGCGGUGUCAGAAUUGAAGGAAAGAAAACAAGACGAGAAAGAGUUUGUUUUCGGGUCGGCCGUUACUUUUGCCGAAAUGGAGCAGUUUCUAUUGCCACUAAAAACCAAAGAUGAGAAAGAUGACGAAGGGACUCUGGUGGCUGCCUUGUUGGAAGGACUACGAUGGAUAGCGGCGGAUCAAGUUAGGAAUGUGGCGACGAUUGGCGGCCAUCUUAUGACAACUGGACCCCAUGACCUUCAGACGUUUAUGCUCACAUGCGAAGCAACUCUAACUUUUCAAUACAGCGCGGACAAGGAGCCCUUUACAGUCAAAUACUCCCAGGACUUUGAUCCUACAUCUUUGCCUGCUGGUUCAGUUCUGAUAUCAGUGAGGAUACCAAAACUUCUAAAGAAUGAGUUCAUAUUUUUCGGAAAGCAGCCUUAUCGACGAGGGAUGGAUUACGCUAUUGUAAAUGCUGGACUUCUCGUCAAAAUGGAUGAAAAAACGUCACAGAUAACGGACUUGAGAUUCUGUGUUGGGAACAUAGAAAACAAGCCCCAGUAUCUAGCAAAAGUAGGAGAAUCAUCUCGGGGAAGUCUCUGCACAGACAAAUUACUCGAAAAUGUUGGUCAGGUGAUUGUGGAGGAACUGCAAAAUUCUAAAGCCGAACAGCUGAGAUACAAAAUCACACUGGCUUCCGCUUUCUUCUUCAAGUUUUACAAACGUUUAUGCAAACUAUUGAAGUUAUCGGAUGAAGCCGCUUUCGGUCUAACUCCUACCACUUCCAAAGGAACGCAGAUAUACGAUGUACCGACGGCUGACGGCAGUACGAUAGUCUGGCAACCUGUUCCUCACAUGGCCGCCAAAAGUAUCACUACUGGAGAAGCUGUAUAUGUGGACGACAUACCAGAAUAUAAAACUGAGUUGGCUUUAGCUUUGGUUCCAAGCACCCGCGCUCGGGCCAAAAUUCUCUCCGUCGACUUCUCAAAUGCUUUGAAAGCCCCUGGGGUAGUGGAUUUUGUUGACCACACAGAUGUACCUGGAAAAAACCUUUAUGGACUACUGUUUCCUGAAUCACAGCUGUUUGCACAUCCAGAAGUAUUCUUCUAUGGACAACCAAUCGCAGGUAUACUCGCCAACACACGAGAAGAGGCAAGAGCUGCGGUCAAGCUUGUCAAAGUGGAAUAUGAAGAUCUCCCCGCUGUUUUCACCAUUGACGAUGCAAUAGAGAAAGCAAGUUUAUUUGAUUUCUCCAACUCUACUGUCCGAGGAAACUUGGAACAAGGGAUGAAAGAAUCGGAAGUGACGCUGGAAGGCGUUGUAGAGACAGGAGCCCAAGAACAUCUGUACUUGGAGCCCUGCUCGACUCUUGUAGUUCCGAAAAAAGAGGACAGGGAGAUGGAAGUAUUUACCGGUACCCAAGAUGCAACAGGAACUCAGAAACACAUAGGAGAGUUUUUGGGAAUCCCGUGUAACAGAGUAAACGUCAGAGUCAAACGAAUCGGUGGUGCGUUUGGUGGAAAGUCUAUUGAUAUUGUUCCACAGACUGGCAUUGCAUCAGUUGCCGCAUGGAAAGUUAACAGGCCAGUUCGAUGCGUUUUCCCAAGAGAUUAUGACGUAAAAUCAACUGGAAAACGCCACGGCACAAAGGCUUUUUAUAAGGUUGGCUUCAACAAGGAUGGAAAAAUAAACGCGCUUUCUUUGAAAUUCUACGCAAAUGCCGGUGUUGUCCAAGCGAUGAGUCCAUUUGUUAUUGAUCAAAUGAUGACAGGGAUGGCCAGCAUAUACGACAUCCCCCACUAUCACUCAACAGGGCAGCUGUGUAAAACUAACAUCCCCUCCAGCACCGCCAUGAGGGGCUUCGGUCUACCCCAGGCGCACUUUGUCAUUCAGACAAUGAUGUUUGACAUUGCAAAGCAUUUGAACAUGUCCUUCAAUAAGUUGAGAGAGUUGAACACCUACAAAGAGGGAGAUACGGACCCGUAUGGGAAAGUCCUGACCGAUUUUAAUCUACCACGAUGUUGGGAUGAUUGUAAAAGUCAGAGCAAAUUCGAAACCAUGGAAAAAGAAGUCGCAACGUUCAAUAAAGACAAUACAUGUAGAAAACGUGGCCUGGCUAUGUCGCCUUGCAUCUUCUACUUCGGAUAUCCACCUUUGUUGUUAAAUCAGGCCGGUGCCCUGGUCAACGUGUACUUGGAUGGUUCUGUUCUGAUAUCGCACGGUGGGAUAGAGAUGGGACAGGGUCUCCACACCAAGAUGUGUCAGAUUGCCGCUACGGUAUUAGGAGUUCCUUUAGACUUCGUCCAUCUGUGUGAAACAAACACUUACUCUGUUCCAAACACAAUAGAAUCGGGAGGGAGCUUUGCGGCAGAUAUCAACGGAGGGGCGGUCAAGAUUGCAUGUGAGACUAUAAAAGAGAGAUUAAAGGUGCUGGAACAAGCAAUGCCCCAGGCCUCGUGGAAUGAAUUGAUCCAGGCGGCGUUUUUCAGUAGGAUAAGCCUGUCAGCCACAGGAUAUUAUAAACCACGUGAUAAAGGUUAUGACUUCAGUAAACAAGAGGAGGGCGGGGAGUAUUGUCAGUACCAUGGUUAUGGAGCUGCUUGUUCAUUGGUUGAGGUCGAUGUGCUCACCGGGGAACACCAGAUUUUGAAAACGGACAUAGUGUAUGAUGUUGGGAAAAGUUUAAACCCUGCUAUCGACGUCGGUCAGAUUGAAGGGGGUUUUGUUCAGGGAUGUGGAAUGAUGACGUCAGAACAGCUAACCGUAAACCCAGACGUCGGUAGUAUUGAGGCUUUUGGUCCGAUCAACUAUAAAAUACCCGGAAUAAGAAAUAUUCCCAAAGAUUUCAAUGUCUCGCUGCUGAAAGAAGCAGCCGGUGGACAUAAAGAUUUAUAUUCUUCGAAGGGCAUCGGUGAGCCGCCUUUCCUGUUGGCUGUUUCCGUCCACCUCGCUCUGAGAGAAGCCGUGUUGGCGGCACGGGAGGCGAAUGGAUUGUCUGGAAACUGUCGUUUGGAAUGUCCAGCAACUCCAGAGAGAAUCCGAAUGGCAUGCGCAGGGCCUAUUGUUGAUAGGUGUAUCGGUGUCAAAGAACAAAAGAAGAAGAUUCAAGUGUAGAAAUGGUCGGGAUUUUUUUGUUAUAUAAAUGCAGCACAUUAAAAGACAUUAUAUUUGUUUCAUUGUUGAAAUUUGCAAACCCAAAAAUCUAGUUUUGAAGAGUUCUUGCUGUGUUUUCUGUUGGUUUGACUUUAAGGAAUUUGCUUGUAGUAUUUAUAUCUACAUAAUAUAGUAUAGUAUAACUUUUGAAUUACCGCGAUAAUGAAAAUUCCCUAUAUUCCACUGAACAAAACAAUAGAUGUUUACAAAAUAAAUUCAAUCAUGUGACUGCACCCAUUUUAUCUUAUCAAACAAUUAUUAAUUAAAAGACAAUUUUAAUAUUUUGCUGUUAUAUUUUGAGUGUUAAUAUAAUUGAUCUUAACGCCAAUCUUUAAUGAUAUAUGAUUGAUAAAUUGGCAUAAAAUUAAUUUUGAUUUAGAUUUAUAUAAAUUGUUUGCAUGGUUGUGUACAUGUACAUCUGUUUGAUGAAUGAUGAACAAUAUUAUGAUGUGUUUAAAUUCUAAACUUGAAUAAAAAUUA